CCGACUCGUGUAAUAUACUCGUGCUGCCUCCUCGCACAGAUCUGUCAGUAACCGGAUACGGCGUGGUGGUCGAUACAGACGGACAGUGUGUAAACCGUUGCAAUUGUAGUUUUGUGUUCUUUUUCCUUUCGCAUAUCCUGCAUUCAAAGUUACAAGUCUGUUCGGAUAGGUUAAAAUAAAUUAAUCAGCCCAGAAACGGCGGGAAUGGUUUAGUAAACUACGACUCGGUUCAGUCACGGUAGAGCUUCGGAUCUCUAGUUUCUUCCGGUGGGUUCAGCUUGCGCAGUUUGUUGCCGGACAUGGCAGGCGGAUUCAAAGCGGGAUUUGUACGGCUCAUGCAAUAUUUGCAGGACCCGGAGCACGUUGCACGCUUUCAGCGGCUGUGUGGGGUGCGCGCCACGGAACCUCGUGACAGGCUUGCUAACGGGGCACCGUGCGUUCGCCACGAAGAUGUUCAAAACGGAGGCGGAGAUGGCAUCCGUCGAAGAGACGCAGAGAAGGAGACCGAGAGGGAGAAACGCAAUAACGGGGUGGCGAACGGGGCGGCGGCGUGCACCGGGGAUGACGCUAUGGGACCUACGGUAAAGCCGAUGCGCAGAAACUCACUCACCGGAGACGUCGGACAGGAUUUCUUAAUCGAGAACAAACUUCUCUUCUACCUUUUCACGUUCGGUACCGAGCUCGGAAACGAACUAUUCUACAUUUCGUUUUUUCCGUACUUAAUGUGGGGCGUGGAUGCGUUUGUGAGCCGGCGGCUCGUGGUGGUCUGGGUGUGGGUCAUGUAUCUCGGGCAGUGCACGAAAGAUGUGUUCCGGUGGCCGAGACCCUCCUCUCCUCCAGUGGUCAAGGUGGAGGUGUUUUAUAAUUCAGAGUACAGCAUGCCCUCCACUCAUGCCAUGUCAAGUACCGCCAUACCACUGUCCCUGCUCCUGAUCACAUGUAGUCGGUGGGAGUACCCUCUGCUCCUGGGUGUCUUUCUGGCCAUCAGCUGGUGUGUGCUGGUGUGUUUGAGUCGCAUAUACAUGGGCAUGCACUCCAUACUGGACAUUAUUGCCGGUGUCCUGUACAGUUUGCUGAUCAUAUUGAUCUUCGGGCCGGCUUUGGACACCAUCGACACCUUUAAUCAGACCCAUCCCUACGCCCCGGUCCUCAUCAUCUCACUGCACUUAGGACUUGGCCUCUUCUCUUUCACCUUGGAUACCUGGAGCACGUCACGAGGCGACACCGCCCAGAUCCUGGGCUCCGGGGCUGGUAUCGCUCUGGCAUCCCACGUCAACUACAAAGUGGGCCUGUUGCCAGACCCACCUAUGUCAAUGCUGCCUCUCCAACCUCCGCCUUUCACACUCAGUCUGAUCGGGAUCAACGCACUGCGAUUUAUCCUGGGUGUGAUUAUUCUGCUGGCGACCAGAGCUGUGAUGAAAGCUCUCACAAUCCCACUCGUAUGCCGCUUGUUGGGGAUUCCGAGCAAUGAUAUUCGGAAAGCCAGGCAGCACAUGGAGGUGGAGCUGCCGUAUCGAUACAUCACCUAUGGAACUGUAGGCUUCAAUGCGCUUUUCUUCGUGCCUUUUGUGUUUUCACACAUAGGACUGUUGUGAUUAGGUGGAUGCAAUAUCCAUUAAGAUUUUGGCCAAUAGGAGCCCAAUUGGACUGCAUAGGCCCCUCCUCUAAUCGAUGAUUGGACAGAACUAACGCCAGUCAUUUAAACACUGUGCUUUCACAUUGCAGAAGUUCUUCUAAUGUAAUUUGUUCUCCAUCAUUUGUAGUUUAGCACCAGUACAAACAUCUAUAUGUGGUAUUAUCAUUGACUCAGAGAUUAUUGCCUUUUUUCUAUACAGUUUGCAUUUCAUAGUAGAAUAUCAGUCCGUUUUUAGAUUUAAAACUUUUCUGAUUGCAAAUGUUAUUUGUAACUUGAAACAGCCUGUCAGCAAUACUUUGGGUUCUUAUGCGUUUAUAAGAAUGGAUUUUGGUAUAAUCGAAGCAAUAAUAUAGCUUGUUCCUGCCACACUGAGUUUGUUAGAUGGAUUUAAACUCUUGCAUCAAGAGUUGAGAAUGCUUUGUUUUAUCCAUAGGCUGCAGUCACUCUGUUUUGACAGCCCAAUUUAUCUGUCGGGCGUGACAGAUGCAAAUUAGUCUUAAACUAGGUACAGUGGAUUUACUGGAUCUGAGUUUUAAAUUUCUCGCUUUUGAAAACUGAUUCUGCAAGUGUCUGGACGAAGUGUGUCCUUAACACUAAAAUGCCAAAUUGACAAAAUUGAACCAGCAUGACUGUUAGAGCAACUUUAGUCCUUCCAAAAAAGUUUUUUUUAGAAAUGUAGUCUGUGAUUUGAUGCAGGUCUAACCAUUUCUCCAAAGACUCUCUUAUUUUGAGAACUUUUUAUAAUGAUAGAUUGCCUUAACAGACCACUCAAAGGUUAAACCCAAACUGGGUUGUUUUGUUUUGACAAUGCACUAGUGUGAUUUUAUUCUGAAUACUAUUAGAUUUACAUUGAUUUAUUGUGUUUAUAGAUGAAGUGCUUGUCAGGAAGUCUGGCUUAUAAUUUUAUAUCUAAAAAAAUUGUUGUAAAUGCUGCUUUAAAGGAACACGCCCACAUUUUGGGAAUUUAGCUUGUUCACCGUAUCCCCCAGAGUUAGAUAAGUCCAUACAUACCUUUCUCAUCCCC